AUGUCUGAUUUUGAUUAUAUCCAAAAAAAUACUCCUCCUGAAUUUCCUGAAAAAUUUAAAACUGCACUUCUUCCAGAAAAUAUUAAAAAGAAUAGAUAUAGUGAUGUUUUAGCAAAUGAUGAUACAAGAGUAAAAUUAAAUAAUAAUGGUUAUAUAAAUGCUAAUUAUAUUUUUCAAGGAAGAAUGAUUGCGUCUCAAGCACCAACCAUUGAAACUAUCCCUGAUUUCCUUCAAAUGAUUAUUGAACAACAAGUACCAAUUGUAAUAAUGUUAACAAAAUGUAAAGAAAAAACAAGAAUCAAAGCUACACCUUAUUGGGGAUAUAAGUCUGAAGGUGGUAAAAAGGUUUUUGGAAACUAUACAGUAAAUACAAUUGAUACCCUUUAUGAUGAUGUUGAAGAAGAUAAAUUUAUGGAAGAUAUUCAAAUUAGAUAUCUUCAAAUUAUAUAUGAAGAUGGCGUUUAUUCAUUUAUUCAAAUUCAUUAUAUGGGAUGGCCUGACUUUGGAGUUCCAUUAAAUCCAAAAGAUGCAUUAGAUAUUGUUUAUAUUCAAUAUAUUAUUGGUACUACAUCAAAAUUUUCGAAUAGAAAUCUAGUUUGUGUUCAUUGUUCUGCAGGUGUUGGUAGAACUGGGGUAUAUUGUCUUUUAUCACGUAUUGUAGAAAUGGUUACUUAUGAAAUUCUUGAAAAAUCAGAAACUUAUAGUAAACAGAGAUCAACAAGUUCUUCUUCAAAAGUAAGAGAAGUAGAAGAUCGUAUUGAAGAAAUUUUAUUAAGUCAUCCUGUAAUUUCUUAUGAAGACUGUGAAGUAAUUCUUCCAGAACUUGUUUUGUCUAUUAGAAAUGAAAGAAGUAAAAUGGUUCAAACAAAAGAACAAUAUGACUUUAUAUGUGAAACUGUUAAUUGUUUUUAUGAAGAUGCUUUAGACUCUAUUAAUCAAUACUAUGAAGUUAUUGAUGCACUUACACCACUUCUUCAAGAAAAACAUUCCGAAAUAGUUCAAGACUUUAUUAAACGUAACGAGUUUUAA